UCCCCUCCCACUUCACCCGGCGAUUUUUUGGGAAUCUCAGGGAGAAUGGAAGGGCAGAGGGGAUCCUGCACCACCGGGGGUUGUUUUUUGGAGAGGGGGAAAUUUCUCCUUUUUCCGGGCAAAUUGAAAAAUUCGAGAAGCCCCGAGGGGCCACGGACGGCGCUCAGGUCGGGACAAUAUUUGUCAGAAAACAGAUAAGCCAAAUCUUAUCUCUCCUGCCCCAAAAUUCCCACUCCUGCCACAGAAAUGGACGUCAAAAGGGGGAAUCUCUCUCUCUCUCUCCUCUUUCCGAUGAGUUCUUAUUUUGUCAACUCGACCUUCCCGGUGAGCCUGGCGGCGGGGCAGGAGCCCUUCCUGGGACAGCUCCCGCUGUAUCCCUCGGGCUACGCGGAUCCUUUGAGGCACUACCCCAGCACCUACGGAGCCACGGGCGUGCAGGAGAAGGGCUACACCUCCUCUCCUUACUACCAGCAGAGCAACGCAGCCUUCGGCAGCCGCGGCUCGGCCUGUGACUACGGGCCCGGCGGCUUUUUCAGGGAGAAGGAGGCUCCUCCGUGCGCCCCCGGCAGCCUGGACGAGGUUCCCUUCGCCCCCGAGCCGCGCAAGCCGGACUGCGCGCAGAGCAAAAGUGUGUUCGGAGAGAGCGAGGAGCAAAAGUGUUCCGCGCCGGUUUACCCCUGGAUGCAGCGGAUGAACUCUUGCAAUAGUUCUUCCUUCGGGCCCAGCGGCCGCCGGGGCCGCCAGACCUACACCCGGUACCAAACCCUGGAGCUGGAGAAGGAAUUCCACUUCAACCGCUACCUGACCCGGCGGCGCCGCAUCGAGAUCGCGCACUCGCUGUGCCUGAGCGAGCGCCAGAUCAAAAUCUGGUUCCAGAACCGCCGCAUGAAGUGGAAAAAGGAGAACAAACUGCUCAACUCCUCGCAGCUCAGCGCAGAGGAGGAGGAGGAGAAAGCGGCGGAGUGAAACGCCGCUGGAAAAAUAAUAAAAAAAAAAAAAAAUAAAAAAAAUCAGAUUUUUCGGUGUUGUAGAUAUUCCGGAUAGUCCUAAAUUUCGACGUUUUUUAAAAAAAAAAAUAAAUUCAGGAGUUCAGAAGUUCAGAAAUUCGGAAGUUCAAAAGUUCAAAGGUUC